AUGCCGUGGCAAGGAACGAAGGUCAGGGUAUACGACGACGCGGCAAUAACCUGGGGGACACUAUCAGUGGACCAGAUAGACGACUACUACAUCACCUUCAAAAUAAGCGGACAAACCUGGAACAUCACCGACGUGAACGCCAGAAACCACAACCCACCUAUCAUAAUCGAAGGCGCAACAGCAAUCAGCGAAACCACCCUCCUAACAAUACCCCGAGUAGAAGAACCCCUGCUGGGCAUACCGUGGUGGAGCUGGAUCCUGGCCCGCGUCAAAGGACUCCUCAACCCCGAAGUCCCCGCGGGACUCUACGAGGGAUGGGCCGUGGAAGGACAUGUCGUGUAG